UUCAACUUCUCCAUUUCUUCGUUGCAGUGCUACUCCCCGCGGUCAUUUCUUCGUUGAUGCUUCGCUUGGCGUUCUUGGCGUGAAGUAGCGUUUCGUUUCUCCUCGCCGCCAUUUCUUCGUAGCUUCUUCGCCUCGUUCGACGUCGUCACGACGUCGGAUUGGAAGUCACAACGGGAGCUCGCUUGCUGCGAAGUGUAGAUGGGAUCCACCUAAUCUUUUUGUUGGUCAUUUUGGCUAUAUAUGGACGAACUAACUUUUAUUAGUCUCAAGUAAUUUGGGUUAUAUUUUCUUUGAAACCAGAUCAGUUUUCUUUCUUUUGAUCCAAUAAGAGAUGGCGGCAAUGACAACCCUAUCGGUUGGUUCGGGUUCCUGCAGCACUCAGACUAGCUUGGCAAAACAACAUAAGCCGCUUGGCUCGAGUUUCAAUGCCUCGAAGUUUCUUAAUGGCUUUACUGGUUUAAAGGCAAUGUCUUCAUUUGAAACUGAAUCAGAGGCAUCAUUUCUAGGAAAGACAAGUAAUCAUGCUCUACAGGCGUUGUGCCUUCCAAAGCUCGAACCAAAGCAGAUGUCGGCAAAUCCAUUUCAACCGCGAGCGUCAACCUUCAAGGUGGCCGUUCUUGGAGCUGCCGGAGGAAUCGGCCAGCCAUUAGCUCUCUUAAUCAAGAUGUCUCCACUUGUGUCAAGCUUGCAUCUUUAUGAUAUAGCCAAUGUGAAAGGAGUUGCAACUGAUCUUAGCCACUGCAACACUCCCUCACAGGUGCUUGAUUUCACUGGUCCAUCAGAAUUUUCCAAUUGUUUGAAGGGUGUAGAUGUGGUAGUCAUCCCUGCUGGGGUUCCAAGGAAACCAGGGAUGACUCGUGAUGACCUAUUUAACAUAAAUGCAAACAUUGUGAAGACUCUGGUGGAGGCUGUGGCUGAUCAUUGCCCAGAUGCCUUCAUCCAUAUCAUCAGCAACCCGGUCAAUUCUACUGUUCCCAUUGCUGCUGAGAUCCUCAAGCAAAAGGGUGUUUACAAUCCAAAGAAGCUUUUUGGUGUCACAACUCUUGAUGUUGUCAGAGCCAACACAUUUGUUGCACAAAAGAAGAACCUCAAGCUCAUCGAUGUAGAUGUUCCGGUCAUUGGCGGUCAUGCUGGGAUCACCAUCUUACCACUUCUGUCAAAGACGAGGCCUUCGGUUGUCUUUACAGAUGAAGAAGUACAAGAGCUUACUGUGAGGAUCCAGAAUGCUGGAACUGAAGUGGUUGAUGCAAAAGCUGGAGCUGGGUCGGCGACUUUAUCCAUGGCAUAUGCAGCAGCCAGGUUUGUGGAGUCGUCUCUACGGGCCUUGGAUGGCGAUGACGACGUAUAUGAGUGCUCGUUUGUGCAGUCUGAACUAACUGAUCUACCUUUCUUCUCUUCGAGAGUUAAGCUUGGGAAGAAAGGUGUCGAAGCUUUUAUAUCAUCGGACCUUCAAGGUCUAACUGAAUUCGAGGCGAAGGCUCUGGAUGCCUUGAAGCCGGAGUUGAAGGCUAGUAUUGACAAGGGUGUUUCUUUUGCACAGAAGCAGGGAUCAACAGCAGCAGUAUCUAACUAAACAUAAACAUACUCUAUUUUCAAUCACAACAAAAUUAAAAAAUAAACAUAGCGAGAGAAAGUGCUCGGAGUUCUUCCAUUUGAGGUAAGCGCGCCAUAAUGCAAUAUAUUGCUGAGUUUAUGCAGCUUGUAAUAUUUUUUCUUUCAUGUUGAGUUCUUGAUGGAUGAUCACUUAUUUCAUUAAUAGCAGGACAUUUUAUCUUA